CUAUGACACAUAACCUUACUCCUUCGGAUGGCAAGAACAGCCGAGCAGCUGGACCAAUUUGGACCGGAUAGACGUUGUUAGAUAGGUUCUUCCAGAAACUCUCGGCUUCUCCCCAUGUUCUGACCGAAUAAACUGGAGAUGGAAAUGGAUUUUAGCUAUAGUAAUACGGCUUCUCUGGGGAACUUUAACCCCUUCACUGCCAGCAUCCCUGCCACCAAAGUGGAGUUAAUCAUUUCGUGCAGGAAUCUUUUGGACAGAGAUACAUUUUCUAAAUCAGACCCAUUAUGUGUAUUGUAUACACAAGGUAUUGGGAACAAGGAAUGGAGAGAGUAUGGCAGGACAGAAGUUAUCGACAACACGUUAAAUCCGGACUUUGUAAAAAAAUUUAUAAUGGAUUACUUCUUUGAAGAAAGACAGAAUCUACGAUUUGAUUUGUAUGAUGUUGACUCAAAGAGUCCCAAUUUAGCAAAGCAUGAUUUUCUUGGGCAAAUGUUUUGUACUUUGGGAGAAAUAGUUGGUUCUCAAGGAAGUCGACUUGAGAAGCCUGUAACUGGAAUUCCAGGAAAGAACUGUGGAAUCAUCAUUGUUACUGCUGAAGAGCUGAACAAUUGCCGAGAUGCUGUGUUAAUGCAGUUUUGUGCCAAUAAACUUGACAAAAAAGACUUUUUUGGAAAGUCAGACCCAUUUCUAGUGUUUUUCCGAAGUAAUGAAGAUGGAAGCUUCACAAUUUGCCACAAGACAGAAGUAGUAAAGAAUACAUUAAACCCUGUGUGGCAGGCUUUUAAGAUUCCAGUUAGAGCUUUGUGCAAUGGGGAUUUUGACAGAACAAUUAAAGUGGAAGUCUAUGACUGGGAUAGAGAUGGAAGCCAUGAUUACAUCGGUGAAUUCUCAACAAGCUACAGGGAGCUGGCUAGAGGACAGUCACAGUUCAAUGUAUAUGAGGUUAUAAAUGCCAAGAAAAAAGGGAAAAAGAAAAAGUAUCUGAAUUCAGGAACGGUUACGUUGCUUUCUUUUCUAGUGGAAACAGAAGUUUCAUUCCUUGACUACAUUAAAGGAGGGACCCAAAUAAAUUUUACAGUAGCCAUAGACUUCACAGCAUCAAAUGGAAACCCUGCACAGCCCACCUCUCUGCACUACAUGAAUCCUUAUCAGCUGAAUGCAUAUGGCAUGGCACUAAAAGCAGUUGGAGAAAUAAUUCAGGAUUAUGACAGUGAUAAAAUGUUUCCUGCAUUAGGAUUUGGAGCAAAGUUGCCACCUGAUGGAAGAGUAUGUCAUGAAUUUGCUUUGAAUGGCAAUCCUCAAAACCCAUACUGUCAUGGAAUAGAAGGUGUGAUGGAAGCAUAUUACCGAAGCUUAAAAAGUGUACAGUUAUAUGGACCAACAAAUUUUGCUCCAGUAAUUAAUCAUGUAGCAAGAUAUGCUGCCUCAAUAAAAGAUGGCUCCCAAUACUUUGUUCUGCUGAUUAUUACAGAUGGAGUUAUCUCUGACAUGGCUCAGACAAAGGAGUCAAUAGUCAAUGCUUCCAAGCUUCCUAUGUCCAUUAUUAUUGUAGGAGUGGGGCCUGCAGAAUUUGAUGCAAUGAUAGAAUUAGAUGGGGAUGAAGUCAGAGUUUCAUCAAGAGGACGGUAUGCAGAAAGGGACAUUGUACAGUUUGUACCUUUCCGUGACUACAUUGACAGAACCGGAAACCAUGUACUAAGCAUGGCAAGACUUGCCAAGGAUGUCUUAGCCGAGAUUCCUGACCAGUUUCUCUUGUACAUGAGAUCUAGAGGAUUCAAGCCAUUUCCAGCUCCACCACCAUACACACCAACUGGGCACCUAUUACAGACUCAAAUUUGACUCAUGUACAGUUCUGCAAGCUGGCCAACUUCAAAGUAAGGUGCACUAAAACUGAACUAUGGACAGACCUGUUUGUGUAUGUGGAAAAAUAUCCACUUUUUGGAUCUAGAAGAUUCGGUUUACAGACCAAAACUGUAAAUAUGAGUGAAAGAGAAAAUAGAAAGAUUUUAAUACUCGUCAGGAAAAAAAAAACGGUUUCCUAUCUGAGUCUUAUUUUUGUGAUCAUUAAUUUUUAUUCGAACUGUUUGGGGAAGCACAAAUCACACUUUUAAUCCAAACGUUAUUGUUCUCCCUGGCUGAGAUCAAUUUAUGUGGGAAUGCAAUUCCUUGGUGUCAAUGUUUACAUGUUACUAAUUUUUAACUUUCAGUACUUUUGUAACUAUUCUUAAUCAAAAAAAAAAAAGUUUGAAGUUGUAGAAAAUCCAGUGUCUUCUACCUGGCAAUAAAUACAGCCGCAAAAAGCAAUAUCCCUUUAAGGAUUUCUUACACAAACUAAGAGUCAUGGAAAAGUUCAUGCAUGAAGGAAGAGAAAACCCUGAACUCUGGCACUUAUUACCACUCAUAAGAUGAACCAUAGCUUAACAUAUAUAACUCUGACACAGAAAUUCGAGAAUUCAGAGAACCUUAAACAAUUAAUAUAGCAAUUUAAUAUAAUCUAGUCUUAACAUGACGUUAUAGGAUUAACAUAGUCAAUGUCAAGUGAAGAGAAAAAAAUUUUACAUGCCUGAAAGACUGUUUUCUUUUAUUAAUUUUUUUGCUUUUUAUUGUUUUAACAAGGUGCAUGGUGUCCUAAUCUGUGUGUCAAAAAAGAGAACUCAACAUAUUGGGGUUUAUUGUUAGAACCUAAUCACAUUAAUGCCAUAGUGUAUGGUCAGAUAAAAACAUGUGAACACGCGAAGAUAUGUUGAGGAACCUGUCUUCCAUUGCUCUACACGAGUAAUGCUAAUGCAGGACUUUAGAGCGCUGAUGCGUCAGAGAAAUGUGUGAGAAAUGCAUGAGUGUGUAACUCUAUACACAAGAACUAUGUUUACUAAAUUACCCAAAUACUUAUAUAUACUCUUGUUCAUAUAUAAUGAUACAAUGUUUUUUGCAUGUACAGUUUUUACGGAAUAUUACACAGUUUUGUGCUACUUUGUGUCAAAUACAAUACAGUAUUCUAGAACUAAUGGCCUUAAACACACACCCAGUUCCUCAAAAUGAUUGUGAAUUGCCUUUAAAUGAUGGAAACUACUCUAUCUUUUGUGUCAACCUCAUAACUGCUUUGUAAUGUAAUUUUCUUUGCAUAAUAUAUGCAUAAAUAUUUUGUCUAUUUCUAUGAUGUACUGUUCGAAGAGAAUUAUUGUAAUUACCCCUUUCUUUUGUAAGCAUGGUAACAGGUAUUUUGCUGAAUUAAAUUAUAUCUGCAAUUUUAGAAGAUAUAUACUUAUGUAAUGCGAUAUAUACAUUUUUUAUUAAAUUGACUAAAAUGACUGAAACACUUUUGCAAUAGAUUUCUU